UACAAUCAUUUAUAAUAUAUUAUAAUAAAACAAUUAAAAUGCAGACUAUUGAAGAUUAGAUUAAAUCUUGUUUGAAUAUGGAAAAUCUGACUUAAGACAUCAAACUAGAAUUACGUACAGAAGAGUAAUCAAUCUAAAUGCCAUAAGAAUGGAACGAAGAUUAAACUUAAUUUCAAGAAAGAGUAGAUUAAUAAUAAUUUUAAUAAUAAUAAUAAUAAAACAUCUAACAGUCACAAUGCUAAAUGGUAAAUAAUGUUUUGGAUGAUUCACCAAUAUUUAAUUAAUCAAUUAUUUCUAAAGAAUUGUAUUAACAUCUUUGUUAAACAUAUAAUUUAUUAAAUUAUCUUCACUAGAAUGCGAUUGAUUUAACUAAAACAUUUAAAGAAGAUAAAGAUUUUGUAACGCGUUUUCUCUAAGCGAUAAAAAUUACAUUUAUUGGAAUUUUGUAACUGGAGUAAAUUGGACUAAUUUUUGAUGAUAAACAAUAAAUAAGUAAAUAAAUCAACGAGGAUUAUGAUAUAAAUGUAAAUAAAAAGAUAUUCAAUUAAAAAGCAGUUUGUAUAUUGUUAGAAUUCAUUUAAAUUUAUGUACUAUCACAUAUAAAAGUAUUAUUUGGAAAAAUAGAAGUUCGAAGAGAAAAAUAGGAAUUGAGAAGUUUGAUAAUCUACUUGUCUAAAUUGCAAACCUGUCUUGAAUAAUUGCCUGGUGCUUCAAAAUUAGAUGUCGAUGAUAUUUUUUGUUAUGAAAGAAGUAAUUAUAGAUGGUAAGGUUUAAAUAGUAUAACAUAAGAAGUGCUAUUGGGUUCAAAAGAAUAAAUCAAAAAAUCAUAUGGAAAAAUAGCUGAAGGAUUACUAUUAGCUAAUGCAAUGAUCUCAAAGGGAUCAGAAUUUAAUAAUGAAGCUGCUAAAAAUUUUAUGUAAGGAUUUGGUGCUUUAUAUUAUUUGGUUGCCAAAAAGGAUGCCAAAAUGAAGGCUGAUCAUUUUAUGGCUGAACCUAAUAAAAAUCUAGCAUUUAAAGCCUGGAAUUUAGGAGAGAGUGGUUUUCUAGGUAAAUUAUUACCUCUGCUCUUUCCAAAUAUUACAUAUAAUAAUAAGAUAUAUAUUCCAUAUUUAUUUAAAAGAUUAGUAGAAGAUAAUAUACUUUAAUAAUAUAAAGAAAAUAAAAUUAAUCGAAUUUAAAAUGAUUGUGGAGAAUGUUUAAAUACUGAUUUACCAAAAAGUGCAGAAUUGCUUUCAAAAAAUAAAUAGAGAAUACCUGUUAGAAUUUUAUGUCAUUAAAAUCUUUAAAAGAUUUAGUCACAUAGUAUAGUAUAACAAUCACUUAAAUUGAUACAAGGAGUAAAAUAAUUUGAUAAAAUAAUUUUUCAUAUACAUGGUGGAGGAUUUGUUAGUAUGUCAUCAAGAUCUCAUUAAACCUAUACUAGAAAGUGGGCUAAAAAUUUGAAAGUGCCAAUAUUUUCAAUAGAUUAUAGAUAAGCUCCAGAAUAUCCUUAUCCUUUUGGUUUAGAUGAUUGUUGGUAAGCUUACAUGUUUAUUAUGAACUAUAUAGAUAAAUAUUUUAACAUAAAUCCUAAAAAGGUCGUUUUGGUAGGAGAUAGUGCAGGAGGUAAUUUAGUGGCUGCAUUAACAGUCCAAAUUAUUAAAUCUGGAGCAAGAAUUCCAGAUGGAAUUUUAAUGGCUUAUCCUGCAUUGCUUUUAGAUAUUAAAUAAUUCACUCCAAGUUUAUUGAUAUCUUUAAAUGAUCCAUUAUUACAUCAUACUGUUUUAAAGCUCUGCAUUUCUUCAUAUGUUCCCGAAUAAUUUAAUGCAAUAUCAGAUCCAUUAUUGUCACCUUCACAUGCAAGUGACGAAAUUCUGUCUAGAUUUCCAUCAACAAGAAUUGUUUUAGGUACUAAUGACCCUUUACAUGAUGAAAGUUUUAGAUUAGCUAAUAAAUUAUAAAAAUUAGGAAAAGAUAUUAAAAUUACUGAGUAUUAAUAUAUGCCUCAUGGAUUUUUAUAAUUUGACGUUACAUCAGGAAUGAAAGAAGCAGAGUAAACAGUUCUUGAUGCAUAAAAUAUUAUUCAAAGUCUACUAACAUGA